GAAGAGCAGUGUGUGAAAGAACUGGGACCUGGGUCGGGAUAUGACACGGCAGGUGCACACUUAGUUCGCAAGCAUAUCGCCAGUGCGCCGGUGAUAAGACAUCUACAAUGGACGCUAGUACUCUGCUGGGCGAGGUUGCGAAAACUAGCAGGGCAAGGGUGCCACGAGCGGCGCUUUGCCGGCUGGCGGAACCGUGCUGGUAGCGUACAGAGAACGAACGCUAGCGGCACAGCUGCAGCCUGUAACGAUCCUGCUCGAGUAGAGUUGGAGACUUUGCAAUUGAAGGCGACCACAGCUCCACGCUGUAGCAAGAAUGGCCCGGCUUGUUGAAACAUUUCCGCUCUUGCAACCAUGCGCGGUUGUUUUUCUGGCGCACUACCACCACCAACGAGCGACGAACAACGCGAGUAGAGCUACUGUCCUCUCGCUAUCGAGAUGAGCUGCACUGAAACGAAAGAACUUCGCUGAUGCGAAGUCGACGAAGGAGAAGGAAAACGAACGGAGGGAGCGCGCGCGCGAGAGAGAGAGACGCUUGAAGGAAGGAAGUGGCCGGGUCACUGUCACGUUUAGCGGUCGAAACGGCCGUCGAAGAAGCGCAACAGCUCGGGGCUCAGGUGACAUUCGCGUCCUAGCUCCGUAGAUGUGAUGGUGGUGCAAGUACAGUGCUGAGUAGCCUGAGUUGCACCGUCGACUUGCCCCGCUUGGAUUGGAACGUGGCAAGCGGAAACAUCAGCAGCAUGCGGGCAUCAUCAAGUCAGUCCUGGCGUGCGCUUGUGGACUGGUCUCUUCCAGCACUGCUGUUGAUACUGGUGAGCGUUGUUGUCUUGGUCCCAGUUGCACUGGGUGAAAAUCAAGUGCCCCUGGCGCGCUGGCCAUGCCAUGCUGUCGACACUGGCAAGGCUCAGGCCUGUGCUCCGGCGCGCAGUAUUCGUCUGUCGCAGCUGCAGCGCGCCGAGUCGCGGGCGAGCAGCGUCUGCGCUGCCAACACAACGGUGUGCUACCUCAGGGACGUGCUGGCGUCGUAUCACGUGGCCACGGCGCUGCGAGAGCGCGUGGCCUGCGUGGACCAGUACUGCUGCUUCACGUGCAACCCGGACCAGCACGGCGCGGCGCGGGCGGUGGACGAUGACAGCGGCUCGUUCUGGCAGUCCGGCACCCUCUCUAGUCUUGCACAGCAAGAGAACCUGGAGAUUGACCUGCCCGGUGAAUUUCUUCUCACAAGCGUAAACGUAGAGUUUGGUCUCUCUCGCCCGGCAGCCGUUCGUAUACAAGUGUCCAGUGACGGAGGCGGCGCUGGGAAUGCCGCCACUGCGUGGAAAACGCUGCACCACUACGCCGACAACUGCCGGCUGCGCUAUGGAAAGGAGCCGGGCUUUGGCUGUACCCAAUUCAACACCUCUACCUUUGACAUCAGCCUGGAGAUGUCGCAGCAGCGGAUGUUAGAAAGUCGUGUCUAUCUGAUCGAGGUACCCACACCUCUCCAGCACUACGUCAUACGGCGUGUGAGAAUAGCAAUGGACAAUGCAGCUAGCAUCCCUAUAGAGGAGCUCGACAGUCUUCAGGCAACGAUGCAGUCGGCCAAUGCGGCAGCGCUCUUCUCGCAUUACAGCCUUGCCAGUGUGCAUGUCGACGGACUGUGUUACUGCAAUGGACAUGCUGAGCUCUGCAAUAGCAGAACAGGCAAGUGUCAAUGCGUCCACAACACAGCUGGCGCACAUUGCGAGCGCUGCAUGAACCUGUACAACGAGAAACCGUGGAUUCGAGCCAGCGAUGCUGACACGGGUGUAUGUAAAGCCUGCACUUGCAACGACCACGCCAAGCGGUGUCACUUCGACCAGCGGGUGUUCAACGACACUGGCAACACGAGCGGCGGUGUGUGUGUCAACUGCCAACAUCACACGCACGGCCUCCACUGCCAGAACUGCAACCCGCUCUUCUAUCGGCAGCCUCACGUGCGAUUCAAUCAUCCUCUGGCAUGUCUCCCGUGUGACUGUAACCCGUACGGCAUUCUGCCCAACACGACCGGCUGCAGUCUGGCCACCGGCCAGUGCCACUGUGCAGCGGGCUACAGUGGACGGCAGUGCAGCACCUGCGGCAUCCCGCUGCACUACACAGCGCCGGCAUACCACCACACGGGCACGGCGGCCAGUGUGUGCAAGCCAUGCCGCUGUGACCAGACCGGCUCGCUGACCCCGCACUGCGAUGGCGACGGCUGGUGUGCAUGUAAGCCGGGUGUGGGCGGUCUACGCUGCUCUCAGUGCAAGGAGGGGUUCUUCAACCUGACCGUAACUGGUUGUCGACGGUGUAGCUGUGACCCGCGUGGCUCCACCGGCUGUAGUUCUACCAGUGGUGCGUGCUUCUGCAAACCCAACAUCAGCGGCGAGCGGUGCACACACUGUGCCGGUGGAAGUCGUUACAUCGGCGAGGAGGCCAUCUUUGGAUGCUUCACACCGGACCACAUGGUACCCUCCGCCGGCCUGGACGUCAAGUACAUGGCCAUCUUAGCAGUGAUGGUGGUCUCCGUCACCUUCAUCAUCGCCCUGGCUAUCUACUGCAUCGUGCGCUACAGGCAGAAAAGAAAGAUGAGAGACGGUCGCCUGGUUCGGUUUGCAAGUGAGCGCGUGUUAGCUCAGAGUCGACCGCUGGACACCUACGUAUCGGAGGGCCCUUGCAUUGACAGUCCCAGCUCUGUUGCGCAGAGGCAAGUGUCCGACUGCACCAUUUUCGAGAACCCUCUACGAGCGGACGAGCGGCAUGACUCGUCCACCAGCGACCGACCUCCGUUCAAGACCCGUCAGUCCGCACCAGCCAUGAUGGGCUUGGCUGGGAGCAAGGAGCUCAGGGAGGAGAUGGUGCGACGAGCUAGCACUCCGGAGAUUGCCAUGUUCCUCAACGAGGCAUUCGGCCAGGAGAUGUCCGACACCGAAGACGUGAGCACUGACGUACCGCAGCGGCGCAGUCGAGUGUUUAACCCCCGUCGAGCAGACAGAGACAGCACAGCGGAACCUCAGCCUAAUGAGAGCAACAUUAUGGCGCCGUCAGAUCGACUUCGCUUGCCCAAUCUCCCCAUCAAGUCUCCGGGAGCGUCGUCCGACAACUCUGUCAAGCGCGCGCAGUCGUUCAACACCAAGAAGAUCGGGCCGCCCAAGCCUGCACGCAGUCCCAUGCGCAGCCACAGCCUGCGUACGUGCGGCUCUCUCCCGCAGCUCGUACACGCCGCGAGCAGUGGCCGGGCCUUGCCAGCGGCCGUUCCCACACGCAGGGAAUCCCUGGACACAGAGAACACGUACACGAAAGCAAGCGUACCCAUACCCAUACCCACGAACACCGGCAGCAGCAGCACCGCUGAGUUGAAGCCUCUCCAGAUAGCUAGCCACUACAGAUCCGCGCCGGUGUUGCCACUCGCAUUGCAGCAGCAGGCCAAGAAACAGCCACCGCCAGUGCGGGUACGGCGCAGGGAACUGCCCAAAGUGCCGGCCAAAGCAGUGAAGCAGCAGCAGCCGCAGUCGGCCGACACGGUACACAAGCUCGGGGCCAGGUCGUCGCCGUCAGCCGCGCUGGGCGACAGCGUGCGUCCUCAUGCGCGGCCUCGUAGCUGCACAACGCCCGACUCACAGGCCGGCAGACGUGACAGCACUAGCCGAGCGAGGUCACAGCAAAGCUCGCCCAAACCGCCGCCGCGACGCCGCAAGGCGAUGCCGCGUCGUGUCCGCUCCAACUCUAUGAGCGCCCUCUCUGGCCUGUACUCCAGCCCGGGCAAAGCAAGCUACGAGAAUGGUGCGGCAACCAUGGGCAACGGCGGCGCUGCCUGUCAGGAUUGCCGCGUGGACGUGCGCAAGGCACGCUCCUGCCAACUGAGCGCGGACUCGUACGACGGAAACUGGGAGGACAGCGACAACGACGACGAGGUGCCAGCCGUUCCCGACCGCACGCAGGCCAGCUACCAGCUUUAUAUCACUAACGCAAGAGCUGACGAUGCCGCAACCGCUGCUGCUACUGCUGGACGGGUCAACGGGGCCCUUAAACACUCCUCGUUGCCCGAGAAAAUCGACCCGUAUGAUUGCACCUUGCCGUACAACCCGUACGAAACACUGCGAGCCAGCCAGUGCGAUACGACUGGGGUGGAAAGUAAUCAUCCGGGCAGAGCGGGCACGAUGCCGAAUCGCGAGCACGCGUACGAAACUCUGCAAAUGCAGAAGCCCCUGCCCUACACCAGCUUGAUCAAUCGUGCUGUAACUAACGGCAUUAGGACAACGUAAGCCGACACUUGCAGCUAGCCAGGGGCUGAUACCGAGGAGGUAAACUCAACAGUCGAUAUGCAAGUGGUCUGUGCCGCCGUUGGUUCUAUUAACUGCGCCGCAUAUCAAGCUGGCAUGAAUGCCACAUAAUAUCAAGCUGGCAUGAUAAUAUGAAUGCCACAUGGUCAAGCUGGGCAUCACCAGCAUUGUUCUGGUGCGGUAUACUCCGAAGUGCAAACAGGAAUGUGCCCUACAUUGCCAUCCACGAUCUUUGCUCUUUGUCUUAACUUAACAAGGGCUCCUUUUUCUUGAUAUCCUAUCCUUAAACAGUAUUAGCAUUCGUCAUUGAGCUCUAUGAUAAAAUACUUCAAAGUAAACUAGUAAAGUGA